AAAACUGUCGCAGAGGUUUAAACUGCUUCGCAAUUCGUUGUUGGAGUCGUGUACGCGCUUUAAACAGUAAAGUAAGUACACUUAAUGCGUCGCGUAGUUUUAGGAUGAUUUUCAGCUGCGUUUUCUCAUGGCUCAACUUAUCGCGACCUGCAGUUCUGCUGCUGCAGGGUGCCGAUUUCACUCUCUGACGUCGGGCUACUAAUUAUAUAUAUACGCAGCACGCAAGAAUAAGAACAUCUCUAGCUGGCACCCAGAGUAAGCCCGUAAACUCGGUCUCUCCCGUGAAUUGCGCGUAAAGCCCCGGCUCCCGCGCCUGUCACGUGACGCUCGCCCGGGCGCGCGCUCCGACUUAAAAGGCACUCGCGGGAGCGCGCCGCUCGCUUCGGCGCAAGGACUGGAGUUAAAAGCGGCGCCGCGGGGGGUCUUAAUGACAGCGCGCCUUUAUGGCCCUCCAUAAAGGCGCGCUUUGUUGGGACCCGUCGGACAGGAUGUGCCGCAGCCGCGAGGCCUUUCAUGAACGCACACACGCGUGCGUUAAAACGCGGCUGUAGAGUGUCCCUUAACCACAUGAGAAUGAGGGCUGCCGCGGUGACUGGUGUCUAGCGCACCGAUCGCCUGCGUUCCGGGUCGGGCUGAGCUGAGAGCAGCAGUGCAGUGCAGUGCAGUGCCGUGUCCUCCACAUGGCUUCCCCGGUGCUUCCAUACUGGACCCUGCUUCCAUACUGGACCCUGCUUCCGUGCUGGACGCGGCUCCCCCUUGGGACACUUUCGCUGGCGGACAGCUCCUUUCAACUGGGCUCACGUCGCUCCUCGGCGUGCAAACCCAUUCCCAGCACCCUGACCCUGUGCCACGACGUGGGCUACAAGGAGAUGCGCCUCCCCAACCUUCUGGGUCACGGCACCAUGAGAGAAGCGCAGCAGCAGUCGGGGCCCUGGGCCCCGCUCGUGUCCAAAGGGUGCCACCGCGACACGCAGCGCUUCCUGUGCUCCCUCUUCGCUCCCGUGUGUUUGCCCGAGCUCGCGGAGCCGGUGCGGCCCUGCAGGCGCUUCUGCGAAGCCGUGCGGGACGGAUGCGGGCCGGUGAUGAGCGCCUUCGGCUUCCCGUGGCCGCACGUGUUCAACUGCAGCUUGUUUCCCGGGGACACGCGCCUGUGCGUCCCUGCGUCUGCAGCAGAGCCCCUGAGCCAUGAGGGAUCGCGCCUUGUGGCAGAAGCAACAAUAUGUGAUGCCUGCAAUCUUGGAGAUGAUGGGGAGAAAGUGAUUCGAUCCAGUUACUGCAAGACUCAUUUUGCCUUCAGUUUUAAACUGGGAGAGAGCUCCGUGGUGGGAGAGGACCGCAGGGUUGUCGCCAGCGGGCGGAUCAAGGUGCUGCUGCGCAGGGGAGCCUUUACCCCCCAGGGGGCAGUUGCGCAGGGCACCCUCUGGCUGCCGCAGGGGAGAAGCUGCACCUGUGAACCCCUGGAACGCCCCUUUCUGGGCCCCCUUGUAGGGCUGGGAAGCAUCGAUGGAGACAGGCCGGUCUUCGCUGCUCUGAUGAAGUGGACCGGUGCCGAGCGCAAGAUCAAGAAGUUCCUCAGGGGUCUGCAGAGAACAAAAUGCUCACAUUAAGGCUCUCUUAACAUUGCAUAUGAAUUGUGAAAAUGUAACAGUCUUGUCUCAUGUUAUAAGAGGGAUCCGCCAACCGAGAGAUGGAGGUAGAUGGAAUAAAAAUGGCCAAAGCAAAGACGGUGCAAUAACAGCGAACUGCUGUAUGCAUGCUUUUUCCAUCAGUUGGUAAAACAAUAAAUUAAUUUGUAUAAAUGAGUCGUCGUGUUUUCUUCUAGAUGGUUCUCUCUAUUGUGUGAAUGGGGAGGAAAAGUAAUUCGAUGCCCUAUUGACUGCACUUGGGCAAGAGAACAUGAUCCCAGCGCAGCUCUCCCGCUCCCCUGAAGGUGGCCAGAGGAGUCUUCCUGGGGAGGAGCGGCUGCUUUCGAAUAAUUCAUAAGCACCAGCCUGCUGGCUGCAACAGAGCCAGGUUCUCUUACCUGCUCU